AUGUGGCCGAAGCGGUUGGCUCGGGUUGGGGGUAUCGACAUCAAGAAGCACCACGUCAAGAAGGGCCAGCGUACUGCCCCCAAGAGCGAGGACCCGUACCUCCUGCUCUUGGUCAAGCUUUACCGCUUCCUCGCGCGCCGCACUGACUCGCGUUUCAACAAGGCCGUUCUGCGUCGCCUGUAUCAGUCCAAGAUCAACCGGCCACCAGUUUCGAUCUCACGCAUCAUCUACCUCACCCGCAACAGCGGUGGUGUCGCCAAGGAUGCCUCCGCCAAGCCCAAGACGGUUGUCGUUGUUGGCCCGAUCACGGAUGAUAACCGCCUGAUCGAGGUUCCACAGCUGUCCGUUGCGGCGCUUCGUUUCACCCAGACUGCGCGCGCACGCAUCCUUGCGGCUGGUGGCGAGUGCCUCACCCUUGACCAGCUCGCGCAGCGUGCCCCGACUGGCAGCAACACUGUUCUCAUCCGCGGCCCGAAGAACGCUCGCGAGGCUGUCAAGCACUUUGGCAUGGGCCCGCACAAGCACAAGAAGCCGUACGUUCGCGGCAACGGCAAGAACAGGAAGAGGGAGAACGCGAGAGGUCGCAGGAAGAGCCGUGGCUUCAAGGUUUAAAUUGGCUGAGAACCAGCUCAAUGAGGAUGGGCUUGUUUUUCAGGUGGGCAGCAGUCGCGAUUGGAAGAGGCCGGGCUGCUGCCAAAUGGGAUCCGGAAGGCAACGAGUAUGGAAAGAGAGCCGCAGCCUAGUGUACCUUUCUGUGUCUGUCUUGCUGUCUGUCUGGAACGAUGGGUGCGAUGCCGGGCUGGGAGUGGGUCUGGGGCAUCCAUCACGAGGUGGUCGCAUUCACAACAGCAGUUGUUUUGCUUUCACCGGCGGCCAGCCACUGGCGGCCCG